ACCACAUUGUGUGUAACGCAGCGGUUUGCCUCCUGGAAAGUGACAGUUCAGCUGCUGGGUUUCGACUUUUUUCUCAAGCUUGUUAUUUUGAGUGGCUCGCACAGAGAUGGACGACCAGGGGUGUCCGAGAUGCAAAACAACCAAAUACAGGAAUCCGUCGUUGAAGCUGAUGGUGAACGUCUGCGGCCACACGCUAUGUGAGAACUGUGUGGAGAUGCUGUUUGUGCGCGGCUCGGGCAACUGCGUGCAGUGCGACACGCCCCUGAGGAAGAGCAACUUCCGUGUGCAGCUCUUCGAAGACCCCACCGUAGAUAAGGAGGUGGAGAUCCGCAAGAAGGUGCUGAAGAUAUACAACAAGAGAGAUUUUGACUUCCCCAGCCUGAGAGAGUAUAAUGACUACCUGGAGCAAGUGGAGGACAUAGUGUAUAACCUGACAAACAACAUUGACGUGGAGAACACCAAGCUGAGGAUGGAGCAGUACCAGAGGGAGAACAGAGAUCUCAUCCAGAGGAAUAAGGCUACACUUACCCGAGAGCAGGAGGAAUUGGAGGAGCUGCUGUUGCUGGAGCAGCAGGGCAAUGAGCAGCGGAGGCUGGAGGCGCUGCAGGAGGAGCACAGGCAACUGCAGGCCAAGAGGAAGAACAAGCAGGCUCUGCUGGAUGAACUGGAGCAGUCACAACUUCCUGCCACCAUCUUGCUUGCCCAACACAAGGUCCGUGCUGCCCAGCUGGAGACCCAGAUAGAACAUCAGAAACAGACGGUCAAACCCACUAAUCUAUUUUCAACUGGAAUCCAUAUGCGUCAGACGGUGUCUCUCCUGGCCGUGCCCAAGAUAGAUGAAGUCCUGUACCAUUACAAGCCUCUUCAAGUCGAAACCUACGGACCCUCAGUACCGGAAUUGGAGCAGCUGGGCAGACUCGGGUAUCUGAACCACGUGCGGGCUGCCAUGCCUCAGGACACAGCUGGAGGAUACACCUCGGCUUUGGCGUGUCAGCGAGCCAUUCAGGAUGCUUUCAGUGGGCUGUUCCCUCCAAAAAGCUAAACCCAUACAGAGCUCAAAGAUUAACAACAGCUACUGGAUAGAAAUGUGACUGAAUGGACAAUAAAUACUGCCCUGCUACCACUAUGGAGAGCUGCUGUGGUGGGUAGUGAUCUCACUCAUUUUUGUUAAAGGUUUAUAUGACAUUUUAUAUUUUGUGUUAAUUUUAUAUUUAAAUAAAUCACAAAGAACAUUG